UGCGCAUGACCGGAUUUAUGCUUAUUUAGUUGAUUUGUGGUCAAACUAUAGCAAAGGACAAGGAUAUAAAUAUAUCUUUCUCUCUUUUCUAUGAACUUCAUCACUAUAGCAAAGAAAUUUUUAGUGAAAGAGUCGACCACGAGUAGUGCUAGUGUCGAUUAAAUGUAAGUUGCGCUUUUAUAUUAUUAAAUUGAUAGAUUCUUACAAAAACUCAUUAUUUUCGUGCAUAAUUUUUAUAACAAUUUGAUCUUGAAUUAUCUUAUUUAUCUGUGUAAAGGACUGUGAAAAAAUAUACCAACUUUGUAUAUUGUAUUAUUUGUUUACGUUCAGGGAAUAUAGAGCUAUUAUGACUAUAAUUGUUUCCUAAUAGCUGUUUAAGUGUAUUGUUGACAACAUAAAUUGAUAAUAUAUAGUGUAUUAAAAUCCAACAUGAUAAUUUAUAUCAAUGAUAAUUUUGUUUGAAAAAUGAAACACAUACAAUAUUUAAAUGACAAUACAUCAUAUGUAUUUAGAUGAAUAUAUUUUUACAAAGAACAGAUAUAUUUUAGACCAAUUAAAUAAUUUUAUCAAUACAAAAAAAUGACUGAUGAAGAUUUUAUUGAAAAAAUAUAUACAUUCCAAUUUCCUACUUGUACUACAAAUCAAAAUUAUUUAAUACAAGUGCCAAUAAAAAUUCCAUAUGGUGGAUCAAUUAAAGAACUUGCUUAUAGAAUAAUUGGUUCUUUUAAACUGCCAUGUUACGUGGAAAAUGAUUUGAUUAAUUCUUUAGAAUUGACUACUAAGAAAUGGACACAAGAUUUUUACGAUGAAAGAGAUGACAAGUUAAUUGAAGCUGCUCAAAGUGGUGAAAUAGAAAUAGAGAAAAUUAUCAAGAAUUGGGAAAAGUCUUACAAAGAAAAAACUGUUGAAUAUGCAGAACCAAUUGGAACUACUGAUGAGGAAUUAUUUGCAGCUACUUAUCAUAGAUUAGUUCAUUCGCCUUCAUUAGAACCAAUUCUGCAAGCAGAACAUAAGUAUGGAAAAGAUGUUACUGAAGUUAUUAAAAUCAAGGAUUUAGAGCACGAACAGUUGACUGCAAAACAAACAGAAGAGAUGAGCUUAGCCGUUGAAGCAUUGGAAGCUGGAUCAACUGAGAGGUCGAUAAAUGAAAUGACUGCUAGACACUUUGAGGAACAAAGUUUAUUGCAGGGCCAUUGGGGAUCAAGAAUAGAUGCAUUAAAAUUGGAGCAACGUCGACAAUAUCGUAAUUGGAUUAUGAGAUUGCUUGAGGAGCAGCAAACUAACAUGAUACCAACUCCUGUUGAUUCACCAAUGAUAUCAAUGCCUUUCGUCCCUGAAGUACUCGGAAUAUCAGAGCGAAAAGAAGUAAAGAAUAUUUCAGAUUACCCUCAAUUGGAAGAAAGCUUUACUAUACAUUUAGGAUCUCAAAUGAAACAAAUGCAUAAUAUUAGAAUAUUAACAGGUGAUGUCCUCGAUUUUUGUAGAACAAAAAAUAAUGGAUCCAGCAGUUUAGAACCAACUCCUCAAAGACUACAAACUGCCUUAGGCCUGUAUUCAAAUGAUUUAUGUGGAAUUGUUGUUCUAAGUGACAAUCACUUAGGAAGUUACUCUGGAAUUACUAAAGAAUUAUGUUCGAUAAGUCAAUUUACUACGGAAUUUCAUUUCCCCUCAAUGGAUGAACAGUUGGAAAAAAUUCGCGAAGACGUCAAAGAAGCUGUGACGUGGCGACAAGCACAUCAUCGAGAUGUAAAUGAUUUACAGAUGAGAAAAUCAACAUCGAGUAAAUCAUUACAAACAGGAGAUGUGUUUAUAACAAGGCAUUCAAAUUUAGCUCAAGUUCAUGUUGUAUUUCAUAUGGUUGUCAACGAUUCCCUUAGAUCAGGAGAUAUUAAUUCAAGACAUCCAGCAAUAUUGGGAUUGAGAAAUAUAUUAAAGACUGCUUGCUGUAAUGAUGUGACAACCCUUACAAUUCCUAUUUUAUUAGUGCACGAAAUGACAGAGGAUAUGACGGUGGCGUGGUGCACAAAAAGAGCAGAGUUAGUUUUUAAAUGUGUUAAAGGCUUCAUGAUUGAAAUGGCCUCAUGGGGAGGAGCAGAAUUGAAAAAUUUACAAUUUUUAGUACCUAAAGGAAUGUCAGAAGAAGUAUUUGGUACUUUGGCAACUAUGUUACCAAGUAUUUUUCGUGUAUCAAAUCCCUUGGUGUUCAAAAUGACUGGUGCACCAAACACGCCAAAAAAAUAAGGCAGAUUGUGCUAUCUCUUCCCGUCCUCUGUGAUGAUCAUGCAUUUGUUGAAUCAUAUCGGAAGCUCUUGCUACAUUUAAUAAAACAGUGCAAGAAUAAUGAUAAGAUUGACACUGCAAUUAAAUAAACGAGAGAUGCUGUUUUCUGCCACUUUUAUUUACAAUUUUCACUUGAAUCAUUCAAAAUAGUUGGAGAGUUAUAUUUAAAUUACAAUU